GUUAAACAAGUAACAUUAUGUUCGAAUGAUUGUUAUAUAUUGAUUAAUAAUGUAUCGUAUUAGUAUAUUAUUUUGAUGAACACAAUAUCCAGAAGAUUAUAUCAUUACAUAAAAAUUGAAGUCGUAAAUAUUUUCUAUUUUUUAUUUUGUUUAAAUAUGUUAAUUUUUAAAUAAUUAUUUCAACCCGCUCAUAAUUCAUAACCUUAGUUUGAGCUCUAUGCUUAUAAGAACUUUGAAAUUUCACCAUUCUUGAAAUUAUAAAUUUUGGAUAAAAGCCAUAAAAAUUGAAACUCUGAGUCACCAAUUAGAGUUUUUUUUAAUCUCCAGAAUAGCAAAAAUUGCUGUAAACGUAGGCUUAAUUAAAACUCAUCAUAGAAUUCUUGAAGAGAAGUUCAUAUCUUUGUUACAAUCAUGUAAAACUACAAAUCAAUUGAAAGAAAUUCAAACCCAGAUUACUAUUCAGUGUGUUGGUUAUACUAAGUACAUUAUCCCUCCCCUUUUGUCAAAAUGUAUGGAAUUCAAGAAAAUUUCUUAUGCACACCAAGUGUUUGAUCAAAUUCCUGACUUGCAAGAUGCUUCUCCUUGGAACAUAAUGUUUAAAGGGUAUAUUCAGAAUGAUAUGUACAGGGAUGUAGUUGUGUCGUUUCGUCGUAUGAUGAAUGAAGAUGUUAGUUUGAAUUGUUUUUCAUUUCCUAUGGUUUUGAAGUCUUGUGGAAAGUUAUUGGCUUUAGUUGAAGGUGAAGAAGUGCAUGGUGUGGUGGUAAAGGUUGGGUUUUUGACCAAUACUUUUGUGGGUAGCACUUUGAUUGACAUGUAUUCGAGUGUUGGGCGAGUGAAAUGCGCUUAUAGGGUGUUUAAUGAGAUGGUUUUACGGAAUGUUUUUACGUGGACUUCUAUGAUCAAUGGAUAUAUUGCAAAUGGUGAUUUGGUAUCUGCAAGAAUGCUUUUUGACUUGGCGCCUGAGCGAGAUGUUGUGUUAUGGAAUAGGAUGAUUACAGGGUAUAUUGAAUGUCGAGAUAUGGAAGAGGCUCGAAAGCUUUUUGAUGUGAUGCCAAACAAAGAUUUAAUGUCAUGGAAUACUUUGUUGAAUGGAUAUGCCAAUAAUGGGGAUGUUGAGGGGUGUGAGAAUCUUUUUGAAGAGAUGAAAGAGAGAAAUAUUUUUUCAUGGAAUGGUCUGAUUGGAGGGUAUGCUCACAACGGGCGUUUCACCGAGGUUAUUAGUGCUUUUAAGAGGAUGUUAAAUGAGUCUGAUGUGAAGCCUAACGAUGCCACCCUUGUGAAUGUUUUGUCCGCUUGCACGAGAUUAGGUGCUCUUGAUUUGGGUAAGUGGGUGCAUGUAUAUGCCGAGAGUAAUGGGUAUAAGCACAAUGUAUAUGUUGCCAAUGGGUUGAUCGAUAUGUACGCAAAAUGUGGGCUGGUUGGUAAUGCUGUGGAUGUCUUUAGGAGUAUGGAUAAAAGAGAUUUGAUUUCUUGGAACACCAUUAUUAAUGGCUUAGCGGUGCAUGGUCGGGGUAGUGAUGCCUUGAGUUUGUUUGCUGAGAUGAAGAAUUCUGGAGUAGAACCAGAUGGAAUUACUUUUAUUGGAGUGUUAUGUGCAUGUUCUCACAUGGGUUUAGUUGCAGAUGGGUUCGCCCAUUUUAACACAAUGGCGAAUGAUUAUUCCAUUACGCCUAAAAUUGAGCAUUAUGGUUGCAUGGUUGAUCUAUUGGGUAGAGCUGGUCUUUUGGAGCAGGCUGUGAAAUUUGUGGAGAAGAUGCCUGUACAAGCUGAUGCUGUUAUUUGGACGGCAUUACUUGGCGCAUGUAGAGUAUACAAAAACAUUGACUUUGCAAGACUAGUUCUCCAGAAACUUAUUGAGCUUGACCCAAAAAACCCUGCAAAUUACGUUAUGUUAGCAAAUAUCUGUGGUGAUGCUCGGAAGUGGAAAGACGUGGCAGAGUUAAAAGUGGCGAUGAGGGACACUGGAUCCCGUAAGGUUCCAGGAUGCAGCUUGAUUGAGGUUGCUGAUGAAGUGGCUGAGUUCUAUUGCUUCGACGAGAGGCAUUCCAAGUCAAACGAGAUAUAUGGAGCCUUGGGAAGCUUGAUGAAAGCAUCAAAAUCAUCUGGUCAAGAGAGUCCAUUAUUUUUACUGGAUUAGAAGUUCUUAGUUUAUUGAAGAUAUCUCCAUUUCUUCGAUCUAAAUCUCUUUAAAAUGUUUCAUCAGUAUCACUACAGUUGAAAGCUCAUCCACCAUCAUUGGACAUAUCCCUUGAGAAGCCACACUGUCUUGUCAUACUGUUUAAGUUAUGAAUAUUCUGUUCGACGUCUGCUCUGACUUGGUCAAGUUUACUAGUUUUGGGAAAAUCGGGUUCUUUAUAGACGUCAUUUUUGGGAGAAGAAAUGGUAUACAUGGUGGAGAAUGUAACUUCUAAGUUCGUGAAGUGUGAUAUACCGUGCAGUUAUGAAAGGUCCAAGAUAAUCUUUUCUCAAGAAGCUGCUCCCAUUUUAAACCAGCUUGCACGCAUCUAUACUACAUUCAGUAACGGAGCCAAGAAUUUUAUGAAGGGUGUCCAAAAAUUACGCAUUGACUUAUGCAAGACGUGUAAAACUCAUUCAAGACAUCUAAAAUCACCGGGCUACAAUAACCUAUUAGGUCAACGGUGUCAAAUGUAAUUAUCCAUUUAAUUAAGUGUAUAGUUUUCUAUAAUAUUUUUUUGAUAGCUAUGUGCUGCUGUUUCUGUUGGUCCAUCUAAGCUACUUUCACAUGUCAUUUUCUUGAAUGAAAACGACAGAUUAAUUAGAACACUAUAUUAUAAACCUAAAAA